UUUCAAAGAUGGUUUGGCUCCCACUGAGACUUGGAGAUCUGAUGCCACAAUGAGGACUCACACCCGGGGCGCCCCGAGUGUGUUUUUCAUACCCGUGAUUUGCCUCUCCUUGGCCUACGGCACCAGAGAGGACCCGGCCACCAUGGUUCCCUUUGUCAACGCCAACUACGACAGCUACCCCAUGCUCUACUUCUCCAAGGGGGACGUGGAAGGCCUGCGCCUCAAGGCGGCCACCACCCACCAGCACAUCGCGGCCCGUCUCACCGAGGCAGUGCAGACCAUGCUCUCGAACCCCCUUGAGUACCUCCCUCCCUGGGACCCAAAGGAAUUCAGCGCUCGCUGGAAUGAAAUCUAUGGCAACAAUCUUGGGGCCCUGGCAAUGUUCUGCUUGCUCUAUCCGGAAAAUAUCGAAGCCAUCAGCAUGGCCAAGGAUUACAUGGAGAGGAUGGCAGCUCAGCCUAGUUGGCUAGUGAAGGAUGCCCCGUGGGAUGAGGUUCCUCUUGCCCACUCCUUAGUUGGCUUUGCCACUGCUUAUGACUUCUUGUACAGCUAUCUCAGCAAGACUCAACAGGAGAGAUUUCUUGAGGUGAUUGCCAACGCCUCUGGGUACAUGUAUGAAACAUCGUACAGACGUGGAUGGGGUUUCCAGUACCUCCACAACCACCAGCCAACCAACUGUGUGGCCCUGCUGGCUGGGAGCCUGAUUCUGAUGAACCAAGGCUACCUUCAGGAAGCCUAUUUGUGGACCAAGCAAGUGCUGGCAAUCAUGGAGAAGUCAGUAGUCCUACUCCAGGAGGUUACAGAUGGCUCCCUCUAUGAAGGGGUGGCUUAUGGCAGCUACACAACCAGAUCUCUGUUUCAGUACAUGUUUUUUGUCCAAAGGCACUUUGAUAUCAAUCACUUCAGCCACCCUUGGCUGAAACAGCACUUUGCAUUCAUGUACAGGACUGUCCUGCCAGGAUUCCAGAGAACAGUGGCCAUCGCAGAUUCCAACUACAACUGGUUCUACGGGCCGGAGAGCCAGCUGGUGUUUCUUGACAAGUUCGUCAUGCGCAACGGCAGCGGGAACUGGCUGGCAGAGCAGAUCAGAAGGAACCGCGUGGUGGAAGGUCCAGGGACCCCGUCCAAGGGGCAGAGGUGGUGCACUCUCCACACUGAGUUUCUCUGGUAUGAUGCGAGUUUGCACUCCGUUCCUCCGCCGGACUAUGGGGUUCCAAAGCUGCAUUAUUUUGAGGACUGGGGAGUGGUGACCUACGGGAGUGCGUUGCCAGCUGAAAUCAACAGGCCUUUCCUUUCCUUCAAGUCAGGAAAGCUGGGAGGACGUGCAAUAUAUGAUAUUGUUCAUAAGAACAAGUAUAAAGAGUGGAUCAAGGGAUGGAGGAACUUUAAUGCUGGCCAUGAACACCCAGACCAGAACUCCUUUACUUUUGCUCCCAAUGGUGUACCUUUCAUAACAGAAGCUCUAUAUGGGCCCAAAUAUACUUUUUUUAACAAUGUGCUGAUGUUUUCCCCUGCUGUGUCCAAGAGCUGCUUCUCCCCAUGGGAAGGGCAGAUCACAGAGGACUGUUCCUCUAAGUGGCUGAAAUACAAGCAUGAUUUGGCUGGUGAUUGCCAGGGACGAGUGGUUGCCGCAGUGGAGAGAAGUGGGGUGGUUUUUAUCAGGGGCGAAGGAGUGGGUGCUUACAAUCCAAAGCUCAAGCUGAGAAAACUGCAAAGAAACCUUGUGCUUCUCCACCCCCAGCUUCUGCUGCUGGUAGACCAAAUCCAUCUGGACGAUGAUAGCCCCUUGGAGGCAGCGACCAGUUUCUUCCACAAUGUGGAUGUGCCUUUUGAAGAGACAGUGGUAGAUGAGGUCCACGGAGCUUUCAUUAGGCACCGUGAUGGGAUAUAUAAGAUGUACUGGAUGGAUGACACUGGUCACAGUGAGAAAGCUAUCAUUGCCUCAAGGAUGUAUCCCCGGGGUUACCCCUACAACGGAACGAACUAUGUGAACGUGACCACCCUCCUGAGGCACCCGUUCACGAGAGCCAUUUACAUUUUCAUCGGGCCUUCCGUGGAUGUGCAGAGCUUCACGGUCCAUGGGGAUUCUCAGCAACUGGACAUUUUCGUCACCACCAGUGAGCAUGCCUAUGCAGUUUACCUGUGGACUGUGGAGGAUGGACCACGUGCUGCCUUGGCCCAGGUUAUUGCAGACCGCCAGAAAAUUAUCUUUGACCGAGCCUCUGCCAUUAGGACCUCUACAGUGCCAGAAGUGAAAGAUUACGUAGGGAUUGUGGAGAGGAACCUGCAGCAUUUUAAGCCUGUUUUCCAGCAGCUUGAGAAGCAGAUCUUGUCACGUGUACGAAACACGGCCAGCUUUAGGAAGACUGCUGAGCGCCUACUGAGAUUUUCAGAUAAGAGGCAGACAGAGGAGGCCAUUGACAGAAUAUUUGCAAUCUCACAGAGGCAGCAGCAGCAGCAGCGUGGCAGAGCAAAGAAAAAUAGAAAGGUGGCCAAAGGCUACAAAUUUGUUGAUGCUGUUCCUGACAUUUUUGCACAAAUUGAGGUAAACGAAAGAAAAGUGCGGCAAAAGGCACAGACUCAAGCCCAAAAAGAGUUGCCUAUAGAUGAAGAUGAGGAAAUGAAAGAUCUCUUGGAUUUUGCAGAUAUCACUUAUGUGAAGCACAAAACUGGUGUGUCAAUCAAAGGCCGAUCAGGGCUGGCACAGAUGGUGACAACUGCUCGAAGCAGUGCCCCAUCAAUAUCAGCUUCUUACACUCGCCUCUUUCUAAUUCUCAACAUCGCUAUUUUUUUUGUUAUGUUGGCAAUGCAGCUCACCUAUUUUCAGAAGGCCAAGAGACUGCAUGGUCAAAGAUGUCUGUAUGCAAUACUUUUGGUAGACAGCUGUAUAUUAUUGUGGCUGUAUUCUUCCUGUUCCCAGUCACAAUGUUAGCAGAAGACCUCUACUAGUCGACCAGUUUAUGGUCAUAUAUAACUAUGCAAAAGCAUUAACCCUAAUAGGGCCAAAGUUAAUGUUCUUUUUCUGAAACAUUCCAAUAAACAGCUGGGAUAAGAUCGAUUUCAGACCAGAAGGGAUGGAGGAAUAGGAAAAGCAAUAAAUUUCUGAGAAAAUUAAGUGCUUAAUAAGUACUCCUCCUUGUAUUUUGAGUCGGGCCUCACAUCCGAGGGAAUGAUAUGCUUCGUUCAUCAGAGUUUAGUAAUGUAAAGUUGUAAUUAUUUUUUUAUGAGAUUAGCCCUCUUUUAAGAGAUUUGUUUCAAAGGGCUAUGUUAUUUUAUACAGAAUUGGGUUCGUGUCAGUGAGUUUUCAUUUCAGGCUGCUAUGGGUGUUCUCUUAAGACAAGGACAUUCAAACACAAGUAUGCAAGGCAGACCUUAGCAGUAGAUUUCAUUUCUCUCUGCCAAACCAAAGAGUACUUCAGUAUGAGACACUCCUGUACAAGUAUUUCAGAUCCUUAUGUCA